CCGAGCUGCUGCCGAACGCAACCAAAUCCGGGACUACACUCCGAUUGCGCGCAUUCAGGAGGAUUUUUUUUUUAUAGGUGUGAGAAUCCAUCGAGUCUGCAAAACUUCUAGCCCAGCAAGGACCCCCGCCGGACCCCCAAAGAAGCGAUGGCGUUCAUGGUGAAGCACGUGGUGGGGGGCCAGCUGAAGAACCUGACGGGUGGGCUGACGGAGGAGAAGCCCGAGGCGGAGAAGACGGACGCGGCGGCGCAGGGGAUGACCCAGGAGGAGUUCGAACAGUACCAGCAGCAGCUGGAGGAGGAGAAGCAAGAACGAGAGGCCAGCGUCGCCCAGAAGAAAGCGGAGAGAGCCACAGUGAGGAGUCAUUUUCGGGAUAAGUACAGACUACCAAAGAACGAACUGGACGAGACACAGAUCCAGCAGGCGGGCGACGACGUGGUCCUGCCCACCGAGCUGGCCAAGAUGAUCGCCGAGGACGGCCAGGAGGAGGCGCACAAGCAGUCGGUGCUGGGACAGCUGUCCAACCUGCAGAACGUGGACAUGGACCAGCUGAAGGACAAGGCCCAGGCCACGCUGGAAGACCUGAAAAAGCAGACGGAGAACUGCAGCCUCAUGUGAUGUCGUGACGAUGAGUGACGGCAUCAGAAGGGGCGGAGCUUCUGGGAAGGAGGAAGUAGCACGUUUGGUUUGUUUACAGUAGGGAAGGGAUUCAUACCGCCCCAUUACUGGGUGGAUCAUUUUGCUGAAUCUGCUGAAAAUGACGGAAAGGGCCACGCUACAUAGCAACUGUGGUCAAAGUUGGAAUUGCCACAAAGCCCAUUUUAAGAUAUUCAACGCUCUACGGCCUAAGUGAAUAGUGCACACCCCAAAUUCGUCACUUUUCACGUGUCAGGUAAACGGCGACGAACGGGGCCAUAUGAAUCCCCUUCCUAAUGUAUUUCUUAACGUUUAAUUUGGCCAAGUUUCCACAAAACAGUUUUAUGUUUCCAACAAAACAACUGGUCCGUAGCAAUUUUGGGUGAUUGUUUUUUCACUACAGCGCCGAAAAAUACGGAAGAAAUAAUUUGACAAUGACGACAUUUUUUUGUUUUAUUUUACAACGGCAAAGGAGUCAUUUUGCGUUUCGUGUUUACAGACAAUGUUUUCAAUCGAGUUACACUCCGACACAAACAUUUUUUUUGUGCCAUGACACAAUCUAGUAAAAACGUUUUAUUUGUAUUUUUUAUUUUUAAACAAGUGGCAUUAAAACAGACGUACAGAAAACGUUGUAAUGCCCAUAGCAGGCCACUAGGAGGCGAUGACACACUUCACAUGUACGAACAAACUACUUUACCUCGCAGAUUUUAUCGAAAACUUUCGCCUUUGUCGACGUUCAGGGUUUGACGUACGUUAAGUAAAUGCCCGCUAGAGUACUUGAAACGGUACAAGAACAAGUUCCGACAUUUUUUUGGCACGCUAAUGAGUAUCCGUGGUUUAUCCGGCCGCACUGUACACGAUAACACUGACAGGGACGUCGUUACCAUGAAAACAAACCACAACGAGACUAUAUUAUAGUUAGAUCGAGAGAGAAAAAAAUGUAAACAUUUUCGGAAAAUGGCCGAAAUGAUAGCUAACUAACAUUAGCGGCUAGCUUGUUUGUGGCAGAGUAGCUAACAUGUGAAUUUAAUAAUAAUACAUUUGAAUUAUAGUGUAUUUUACAUUUCAAUGACAUCUCAAAGUGCUAAAGUAAAUCAUUUGGGUAGCAAAAAAAUAAUAAUAACAAAUAAAAGACAAUAAAGCCAGACUUUUUGCUGUUGUCCAUCAAGUAAGUCCCGCCUCUCUGAUAGGACAUCACCCACGUGAAAGUGGCCGCUUUUAAAAAAUGCAUACCUUUUUUUUUGUUGUCGUUUACUCAAACCUUUCUUUUUAAAUAAUAACGGGUCUCUUUUUAGACUUUACUGUGUGCAAUAAAUAUUCUGCAUAUUAAGAGCAUCUUGCAGCAUUACACCAUCUUUGCUGCAGCCAUCUACAAGCAGGAAGUGUGCUCUUUGUGUACAGUUUGUGUUCGUCCCCCAAACUGUGCACCCCAGGGAGGACAGCUGUCUUAAUGAAAUACUGUAAACGCUCUGAUUAUUAUUGUUUUAUAUUAUUAUUAUUAUUAAUAUUAUCACAUUACAAACACAAGGAGGGCGAAAAGUCAACCAAGGUUGUAACAGCGUCAAGGAACAAACUGCCCUCUCAGCAUUAAUAGCUCAUGCAGAGGAAGAUCAUGCAAAUAACGCCAUCUUGUGGAGUUCUUUAAUAAAGAAAAUACAUCAGGAGGUCGCCUACAGCCGCAGCCCUUCAUGCUUUUUGCUUUAGUAGACUGUUUUCAUUACCUAGAUCAGUGGUUCUCAAACUUUUUUCCACCUCAAAAAAACACUCUCCAAGUACCACCAUAAUGACCAGCAUUAGAAUCCAGUAGCGUGGUAGGCCUAAGUAUUCAUUAAAAAGAAUGCAGAGGUUUUAUUUAACCUCUAAAGGCCUUAGUGGCCACAUGCGUGGACAGCACCUUUUAGCUCUUAUUUCCAAAAUUGUGUACACUACUGAAUUGGGAUCUUAUGCCGACAUAUGGACACUUAUACUGCCAUCUGGUGGUGUCAGAAGAGUACAACAUACAAUUAAAUUUGGAAGAAAAAAAAGUGUAAAAAUCAAAAUUUGCAUGUACACGUUUGUGUACUUAUGGACUAAGUACAUCAUAUUAAAAGAUUAUUUUUAAUUUGUAUUCUAAUUAGGGUCCAAUAAGCCCAAAUAGCAAAGAGAAAUUUAAAAAAAGCAUGUAAACAAACAGCUUGGGCCUUAAGAGGUUAAGAAGUAUAUAUAUUGUUUUUCGGCCACUGUGACGUCACACACGGUUUGAAAAGUAACACUGUGUUUGGAAAAUAAAACACUGUACUUUCAUCAAGUGAUUCUUUGACGUACCACUAGAUCAGGGGUCGGCAACCCAAAAUGUUGAAAGAGCCAUAUUGAACCAAAAAUAACAAAUAAAAAAUGUAAUUAAAAGCCUUAUAUAUGUCUGAUAAUGCAGGCAACACAUGAUGUAAGUGUCUAUAUUAGCUAUUAACUAUCAACUAUCAAAAUUAGAGGUAUCGGCCAAUAAAUGCUUUAAAAUGUAAUAUCGGAAAAUAUCGGUAUCGUUUUUUUUUAUUAUCGGUAUCAGGGUUUUGUUGUGUUUUUUUUAUUUUUAUUAAAUCAACAUAAAAAAGAUACACUUACAAUUAAUGCACCAACCCCAAAAAAACUCCCUCCCCUAUUUACACUCAUUCACACAAAAGGGUUAUUUCUAUCUGUUAUUAAUAUUGUGGUUCCUACAUUAUAUAUCAAUAUAUAUCAAUACAGUCUGCAAGGGAUACAGUCCGUAAGCACACAUGAUUGUGCGUGCUGCUGCUCCACUAAUAGUACUAACCUUUAACAGUUAAUUUUACUCAUUUUCAUUAAUUACUAGUUUCUAUGUAACUGUUUUUAUAUUGUUUUACUUUUUUUUAAUUCAAGAAAAUGUUUUUAGUUUAUUUAUCUUAUUUUAUUUUAUUAAUUUUUUUAAAAAGGACCUUAUCUUCACCAUACCUGGUUGUCCAAAUUAGGCAUAAUAAUGUGUUCAUUCCACGACUGUAUAUAUCGGUAUCGGUUGAUAUCGGUAUCGGUUGACAUCGGUAUCGGUAAUUAAAGAGUGGGACAAUAUCGGAAUAUCAGAUAUCGGCAAAAAGCCAUUAUCGGACAUCCCUAAUCAAAAUGACUAUGUUUCGCAGGCUGCCACAUAUCUUUGUUGAUAGAAAUGUUUAAAUGUAAUAUUUAUUCUACACAUUUUUUGUAACAUUGGAAAACGUUAGUAAAACACAUACGGCUAGCCUAAGUAGCGUGUUAGCAUCGAUUAGCUUGCAGUCAUCACUGACCAAACGUGCCUGAUUAGCACUCCACACAAGUCAAUAACAUCAACAAAGCUCACCUUUGUGCAUUCACGCACAGCAUGAAACGUUUGUUGGACAAAAUGAGACAAAAAAAAAGGAGUGGCAUAAAACACUUCUUUCUGUGGCACCUAAGUGUAAACAAACUAUGGCGCGUUCAAGGACUGCCGAAAUUAGUAGGACAAAACGGCGCUCGCCGAAUCCUCUCAUCAGUGAAGCAUAUUUAAUGUAAACAGUGGGAUUUCUGACAGUUAGGAAGGUGUGUGUCAUGUUUGCUCUCUUUCAGAAAGAAUAUUAAAACAAAAAUUAUAUUUUUUUCCAUCAUCUUUUCCAUUUUCAUAAUUUAAAAAAAAAAAAAAAGGCUCCAGAAAGCCACUAGGGCGGCGCUAAAGAGUUUGAGAACCACUGGACUCCAUGCAUUAACCGGAGCGUUUAUGGUAUGUAAAUAUAAAAAUAAAAAGCUGCUGUAAGGCUUUAGAGGUCAAAGGUUUUGUUGUAAAAAAAAAGCGUGUCCGAUAUCCGUGUGGCGUUAUUUAUGUCAUUAAUGUCCGGGGGAGGGCGCGUCACCUUUAACCCCUCACGCCCGCAACCGCCGUGUCCUAGUGGUGCCGUUCUCGUAUCGAUGGAUUGCUGUCGUUCAGCCCGUGUUGACGUGACGUCUCGGUGAACCGCUCCUUCGUGGUUUUUGUUGUGCGUGCGGCGGUGGCGCCGAGGCCUGCCCAUUUUAGUUUCGCCGUGUAAAUUAGUGCGUGUUUUCAAUGCGAAACGUGUCGUUAUCCGUCGGAGCGGACGAAAGCGUCGGGGCGUUUGUGACGUGUCUCGAUGCUUUUGUCUGUCACAUGAAAAAAAAAAAAAAAGGUGAGCUUCUUGUCGUGUGAUAGAAGAGCAGUAGAAGAAAAAGUAGCAAUAAGUCGGGUUUUUUCUAACAUGGCUACUACUGUAAUACUACUCUUACAUAAUCAUAGUAAUACAUGGGGAAGUGAAGCCAUAAGCUGUACAUGUGUGUGUAUGUGUGUGUGUGUGCGUGCUUACUAACAAUAACGGUUACCAUGACUACCAGAUGUAACAAUUAUUGUCGUCAUCCUGUGCAGGUGGUUUAUUCAGGACGUGGCUGCCAGUUGUGGGGGUCAUAAAAAUCCUAUAAAUGUGUGUCAUUUCUGUCUUAAUAUGUGAGUGUUUUUUGUGGGUGAGAAGGAGUUUAAACUGCAAUAAAAAAAAAUAUUUUUAAGAUAA